UGAUUGUUGAAGCUUUCUUUGGCAAGAUCUGCUCUCUCUCUCUCUCUCUCUCUCGUCACAGGAGACGCGUGGUCAUUUACUUCCUUGGAUGCUUUGCUGUUCUCUACAGAGACAGGAAAGAGAGAUGAGAAUGUUUCUCUAGUUACAGAGAUCUUAGAAUUUUUCAUGCACAGCCCAAGCGACAUGAAUGAUUAAGAAAUGGGGAAAAAGGGGACUUGGUUCUCUGCUUUGAAGAAAGCUCUUAGUCCUAAGAAAUCCAAAUCAAAGAAUCGAGAGAGUAAUCUAGAUCCGGUUGUUUCUAAAUAUGAAGAAACUACUGCAUUAGCAAUUCCUGCCCCUCCUCCACCUCCACCGCCACCGCCUCCUCUUCCUCUUCUUCCCCCUUUAGAAAAUGUGAAAUUAACUGAAGCUGAGAAUGAGCAGAGCAAGCAUGCAUAUUCUGUGGCACUUGCCACUGCUGUGGCUGCUGAGGCAGCUGUUGCUGCCGCCCAUGCUGCUGCUGAGGUUGUUCGACUCACUAGCGUGUCAAGUUACUCUGGAAAAUCAAGGGAGGAAAUAGCCGCUAUCAGGAUUCAAACGGCAUUUAGAGGAUACUUGGCGAGGAGGGCACUGCGAGCUUUGAGGGGGCUGGUGAGAUUGAAGACGUUAAUACAAGGUCAAUCUGUCAAACGGCAAGCGACUAACACCUUAAGAGCAAUGCAGACUCUUGCUCGUGUGCAGUCUCAAAUUCGUGCAAGGAGGAUCAGAAUGUCAGAGGAGAACCAGGCCCUACAGUGGCAGCUCCAACAAAAACGUGAGAAAGAGCUUCAGAAGUUGAGAGAUGCUAUUGGAGAGAAUUGGGAUGAUAGCAUGCAGUCAAAGGAGCAAAUUGAAGCAAUCUUACUUCACAAGCAAGAAGCUGCUAUGAGAAGAGAAAGGGCAAUGGCUUAUGCAUUCUCUCAUCAGCAAACAUGGAAGAACUCUUCAAAAUCAGCAAAUCCAACGUUUAUAGAUCCAAAUAAUCCUCACUGGGGUUGGAGUUGGUUAGAAAGAUGGAUGGCAGCUCGGCCUUGGGAGAGCCGGAGCACAGUAGAUAAUAAUGACCGUGCCUCUGUUAAAAGCACAACAAGCCGUGCAAUGUCAAUUGGUGAAAUCAGCAGAUCUUACUCUCGUCGUGAUCUCAACCGUGAUAAUAAGCCUUCACCUGGUGCCCAAAAGUCUAGCCGACCUCCCAGUCGCCAAUCCCCUUCAACUCCUCCUUCUAAAGCGCCUUCUAUAUCAUUAGGAACGGGGAAAACAAAGCCACCAAGCCCAAAAGGGAGUCUUUGGGGUGGGGAUGAUGACUCAAGGAGUUUGUUCAGUGUCCAAUCUGAGCGUUAUCGGAGGCACAGCAUAGCAGGGUCAUCAGUGAGAGAUGAUGAGAGCCUUGCUAGCUCACCUUCAGUUCCAAGUUACAUGACACCCACACAGUCAGCAAAGGCAAAAUCCCGAUUGCCAAGCCCGUUAGGGUUAGAUAAGAAUGGGACGCCAGAAAAGGUGUCAGUGGGUUCCGCAAAGAAGCGGCUUUCAUUCUCUGCUUCCCCAGCUGGACCAAGGAGGCAUUCUGGUCCUCCUAGGAUUGAUUCCAAUGUCACUAACAACUUUGAAGUGCACACAGAAGAGAAUGUUAUCAAUGGAGAAAGCAGCAGGUAGUAGAAGGGACAAAAGAAAUUUCAUUUUAGGUUUUAAUGAGAAAAAAGAGAUUCAGGAAAAAAAAAAAAUAUCAGUUCACACUUUGAUAUCUGCAUUCAUUUUUCUUUGUCAGCUACUGUGUUAUUGUUUCAAAUGUCUCUAAGACCUUUUUAUUUCUUCUAAACAAAAUGUAUUUGUUAGGGAUUUGUUAUGUAUUAUGUUGUAGGGUUGAUUGAAGAUGAUAAUGGUAUGAUUUGUUUAGUUGUAGUAUUACUGAGAUUUUUUUUCCACUGUUGAAUUCUCUCUGUGUUCCAGUUAGCCUGGGUUCUUGAGAUUGUGGGGAAAACUUGGUGUAGUGUGUUCAUGAACAGUCUCCAAUCAUUUAUUUACUUCAUUGUUAGUGAAUUAAAGGUUUAUUUAUUUAUUUUUAAGUUGUAAGCA